AUGGCAAAUAACUUUCUAUUAUCACUAAUCACCAUCUUAGGCCUUUUCAUUGGCAUAGUGAGUAGUGCAUAUUGGAACAUAUUAAGCCAAAAAUGGAGAUUCAAAGUAGUAGACAAAACAACAAACACCUUGAAGACAUACUGUGAGAGUUGGAGGAUCAAUGUGGAAUUAAACAACAUAAGGUUCAGUGUGGUGCCACAAGAAUAUGUGGAUCAUGUGAGGAAGUACGACUCUUUCAAGUACAUGACUUCAUCUCACUACAAAGCUGAUUCUGAGAGGGCAGUGGUGAAGAGUAGUGGAUGUUGCACUUUGAAAGGUGAUGGCAAAGAUUCUUGGAUUUUUGAUAUUGAUGAGACCCUUUUCUCCACAAUUCCUUAUUUUAAGAAGCAGGGUUUUGGGGGAGAAAAGCUGAACUCAAGCUCUUUGGAAGCAUGGAUGAUGGAAAGCAAGGCACCAGCUCUAGAUCACACAGGGCUCUUCCAUGAAAUAAAAAAUAGAGGCAUAAAAAAAAUUUAUUUCUUUAAAAAAAGAAAACCUAGGCUUAGAUCUUUCACUGGAGAUAACCUUGUUAAUGUUGGGUACCAUUGAUGGACUCGUCUUACAAUGAGGGGUCUUGAUGAUGAAAUAAUGGAAGCUAGAAAAUAUCAUUCCAAUUGUGCAGAGAACCUUCAAACUACCAAAUUCCAUUUACUGCAUUGCUUAAUAUAUAAUUUCUUUAAUUAUAAUUAUAUUGUUUAA